UCUUUUUCUCUCAGAACUUUGAUUUUUUUUCUAUCCCCGAUCAUAAUGAAUACGUAUUACUGCGGCGGUGAGAUCACCGAGACGUGGUCAGAUUUCUCUCUUUUGGUGGAUACUGCGGCGUUGCUUCACGAACAAGAACGCAGGCAAACAUCUCGAAAAGAAGAAGACGAACAGAGAAUGAAGAGAAUCUUUGAUCUUUUCCGAAGAAAACCAAGAUCUUCGGUAAAGAAACCUCUUCAAAACCCUAACGGUGCUUCUACUUCUUCACAUCUCUUCGAUCUUAACAAGAUUCCCUCAGAUACUAAAAACCCACCAAACCCUAGUUCCCUAUCAUCUUCGUCUUCCUCGUGCCUAACAGAGAACAACACAAGUCGCAAGAGACGUGCCGAGCAAGAAGGAAAGCGCAGUUUCAAGAAAGCAAAGGUGUCACCUUUAUUCGCAUGGCACGGGAAAGUUUCUCCCGAUUGGAUGAACCAGUUGAUGAGAAACACGAAAGGAGCGAAAGACCCGAUGCUAAUCUUCGAGAAGACUCUGUUCGAAACAGAUGUCAAACCAAGCCAGAGCCGUCUCUCGAUCCCUUUCCACAAACUGAUCCGAAACGACUUCUUGACGCCCGCUGAGUCGAGAACCAUCGAGGAAGACAUCAACAACAGAGAAAAGAUGGGCUUGGGAGCGGUUCUUGUUGAUCAAGGAACUAACAAGUGAGGUGUGUUUCUCAAGAGGUGGGAGAUGAACGGUUCUUGGAACUAUGCUUUGGUUUGUGGGUGGAACGAUGUGGUGAAGGCCAAUGGGUUGAAAGAUGGCGACAGCAUUAGUCUUUGGUCUUUCAGGUGCCGAGGAGUCCUCUGUUUUGCUCUUGUUCCCCUUCCAAUGUGAAGCGAUUAUGUAGGUGCCUUGUCAGGAUUGUAAUUUUAUCAAGAUUAGGGUUUUAGUACAGUUGUGUUUGAUCUUGCAACACCUUGUUGGGUUUAUCUCAAGUAAUUUUUAGUUGUUUCUGAUUCUGUACUAUGAUUAAUUGAUGAAUGUUUUGACAUG